UAGUUUUUUAAUCACUCAUUGACUCGUUAUGUUCCAACAGAAGGUUUCCGAGAGAAAGUAGUACAGGGAGAAAUCUUCCAUGGGAGGAGUAUCUCUGUUGUAUCCCUAUUCUACCCAGAAUUAUGAUUGAGGUAGCAACGGCAGUAGUAAGGCCAUCUCGUUUCAGCAAAAUACGCCAUAUCGUCAAUUUCAUUCAUCACAUUAACAUGGAUGCAAGUCAUAAACUAAUCCCGCUUUCUGCAUCAAACCAUUCUUCAAUUUCCUCGCAUAUCAAUACUCUCUGCAACGAAGGAAAACUGAUAGAGAUAAUGUCUGUUCUCGAGCAUAUGGACCGUCAACAAAUCAAUCUCAAUUCCCACAAUUAUUUUUUCAUAUUGCAGGUAUGCACCAGCAUGAAAGCCUUGACACAAGGGAAGCUACUCCAUGCACGUUUACUCACUGGAGGACUUGAACCAAAUGCACAUUUGGCCGCUACACUUGUAAGUAUGUAUGCCAUGUGCAGGAAUAUGGAAGAUGCACGCCGAGUCUUUGACAAAAUGGCCAAACGGAAUGUUUUCUUGUGGAAUGCCAUGAUCUGUGGGUAUGCCAAAAACGAGCUUUCUCGGCAGGCAAUGGCGCUUUAUUGUGAUAUGCAAGGGUCAGACAUACAGCCCAAUAAUUAUACUAUCCCAUGCGCUCUCAAGGUAUGUGAUAGUUUAUUGCAGGGAAAGAAGGUCCAUAGUUAUGUACUUAGAAGUGGGUUUGAGUCAGAUGUGGUUGUGUGCUGUGCUAUUAUAAACUUGUAUGCUAAAUUUGGGCGUAUAGAUUUUGCACGACGAGUGUUUGACAAAAUGCCAAGAAAUUUUCUGCCAUCUUGGAAUGCGAUGCUUGCAGGAUAUGUUCAAAGUGGCUGCUCCGUUGAGGCAUGGAAACUCUUUCGUCAAAUGCUGCUGGACGGCAUUGAUUCGAACCCAAUGACUCUUACAAUUGUUUUGCCUGUGUGUUCGUACUCAGAGAAUCUCCAGUUGGGCAAGAUGAUUCACGGAUAUGUAGUUCGAAGGAGAUUUGACUUGGAUAUUUUUGUGGGGAGCGCUCUUAUUGACUUUUAUGCCAAAUGCAGACGUGUAGAUGUAGCAUGUCAAUUGUUUGACAGAAUGCCGGAAGCAAAUGUUGUUUCAUGGACUGCAAUGAUUGCAUGUUAUGCUCAGAAUGAGCAUGCUAAUGAUGCAUUGAAAUGCUUUCGGCGAAUGCAGUUGGCAGGCGUGAAGCCUAAUGAGAUAACCAUAGUGAGCGUUUUGCCUGCAUGUGCCCAAUUAGCAGCUUUGCAACAAGGAAAGCAAAUCCAUCAAUAUGUGCUCAAGAUUGGCUUCAUGCGCAUUAUUUCCGUUGGAAAUGCACUUAUAGAUAUGUAUUCGAAGUGUGGUAGUAUAAACAUUGCUUCUCGGGUGUUUGACAAAAUAAUUGAUAAGAAUGUAGUGUCAUGGAGUGCAAUGAUUGCAGGUUUUGGAAUGCAUGGGAAGGGUGAAAGUGCGCUAGAAUUAUUCAACCAAAUGCAAUAUACAGCCAUUGAGCCAGACUAUGUAACAUUUAUAGGAGUUCUUUCUGCAUGUAGUCAUGCAGGUCUGGUGGAUGAAGGUUGGCAAUAUUUCAAUAUGAUGAGGGAAAAGUAUGGUAUCUCACAUGUUGUGGAACACUAUGCCUGCAUGGUGGACCUUCUUGGUCGAGCUGGGCAGCUGCAUGAAGCUCAAACGUUAAUAGAGAAGAUGCCAUUAGAACCAAGUUCUAGUGUUUGGGGAGCCCUGCUUGCUGCUUGCAGAGUUCACAGCAAUUUAGAGCUAGGAGAGCAUGCAUUUAAGUGGAUUCUGAAGUUAGAACCCGAAAAUGUAGGAAAUUAUAUCUUGCUGGCAAACAUCUAUGCUGCGGUUGGGAGGUGGGAUAGGAUGGAAAAGGUCAGGAUAAUGAUGAAAAAGAGAAGCUUGAGGAAAGUGCCUGGGUAUAGCUGGAUUUUGGUGAAGAACAGUGUCCACACUUUCCUUGUAGGAGAUGAAUCGCACCCAAAAAUGAAUGAUAUCCAUGCUACACUGAAGAAUUUGGUACCAGAGAUGAUGGCAGUGGGGUAUGUGCCUGAUUUUCAUUCCACACUGUAUGACAAUGGUUAAGAACUGGGAGUGUUACUGCCAAAAUUGAUAUUUUUAAAAAAACAACAUGCAAUUUUUUGAGAUACA